UUCAAUAUAGUUAAGAUAUGAGUUAAUUGUAAAAUAUCAAAAAUAGCCUUGAAACUUAACUAAUACGGAGUAAAAAACCUAGAAGCCUUCGUUUUCGCUGCGGCACACAAUCCGUGUAUUUCGAUUGCAAAGGUACGAAUAUGGAGUCUGGAACAAAUAAAGGGUCAUAAGGAAGAAGUCAUUACACUGGUGGUCUAAUGUCCAAUCAUGGUUUUUCAACUAUGUACUUUGGAUGUGUGUUGUGUUGGUAUCAAAUAGACGUAGAAGAACACAUUCUAUUACUUAUGUGAUAGAUAAUCACUCCAAAAGGGAAGGGUAUUUUAAGAGGUUGGUGUAUGGGAAUGAAGCAAGUUGCAUUUCUGAGUUAAUAAUGUGUCGUGCAGCAUUCUUUAAACUAUGUGAUAUGUUAGUUAUGAAAGGUGGAUUGAAGCCAACUAGGCACAUGAUCGUUGAAGAACAAGUAGCUAUUUCCCUACUCGUACUAUCUCAUCACCAGAAAAACAGAACCUUAAUAACUGAGUUUCAAAGAUCAGGGAGGACUAUUAGCAACUGUUUUGCAAAUCUCAUACAUGCAGUGCUAAAACUUCAUUCUAUUUUGUAUGCAAAACCUGAUCCAAUCACAGACGAAUGCAAUGAUUAUAGAUGGAACGUAUUUGAGGUGUGUAUAUCAUUUAAUUUUCUUAUUACAUUUUUAAUACAUAGCUAUACCGUUGCAGAACUGUGUUGGUGCACUAGACGGGACUUAUGUUAAAGUUCAUGUGGCCCAAAAGGAUCACAAUCGUUUCCGUUCCAGAAAAGGAGAUAUGCCACAAAUGUCCUUGGUGUUUGUAACCCACAAAUGCAAUUUAUCUACGUUUUUCCUGGAUGGGAGGGGUCAGCUGCGGACAGUAGAGUCUUAAGGGAUGCCCUCACUAGAAGAUUUCGAGUUCCCCAAGGUGUGCUUUUGCAUGUAUGUAAGAGUAUAUAUCUGAAUCAUAUAUAAUUAUAUGUUUGUGUGUGAUUUGUAUAUCUAUAUAAAUUUAUAGGAUGCUAUUAUUUGGUUGAUGGAGGUUAUGCAAACUGUGAAGGGUUUCUUGCACCCUAUCGAGGAAAAAGAUAUCACUUAUCUGAAUGGCAAAACAAUCAUCUUCCUCAUAAUGCGAAAGAGUUUUUUAAUAAUAUGAAUGUGCAUUUGGAUUACUAUGAAUGUGAUUGAGCGUGCAUUUGGAUUACUUAAGAAUCGAUGGGCAAUCUUAUGAAGUGGGUCGUGGUAUUCUAUGCCUAUGACAUGUCGAAUAAUAGUGCCGUGUGCAUUGUUACAUAACUUUAUUCGACGUGAACAUGACAUUGAUCCUAUGGAGGAGGAGGAUCUAUCAGACGAGGACUCAGACGAUCCAGAUGAUGAGUAUGAUUCAUUUGUUGGAGCUGACUUACGGCCUAGUGAAGCAUAAACUACAUUUAGAGAAGAUUUAGCAACUGAAAUGUAUGCUUCUUGGAUAAAUUGAAGUCAAGCAUAAAACUUGAAGUUUAUUUGAAGUACAAUAUGAAGUUCAUUUAGAAGUGCAAACGUGUAUAUUUUGUGGAGUAAUAUUUUGUUACUAUCUUUUUGGGAAUUCAAACUUCAAUAUGUCUGUUACUAUCUUCUAGUUGAUAGAUACACUUUAUUUAUA